AUGAUUACAAUAGUGAUAGUGCUAUUUUUCCAAAUUGUGAUCGCUGAACCGAUUAAAUUCGUUUUGAUCUCAAUUGAUUAUGCGUGUUGGCCAGGAAAAAUGCCCAAUUUUAAGCCAUGUAAGCCGGACGAUGAUGAGAACUAUAAUCGUUUAGAUUUCCUCAAGCAGCGACUAAAGAGCUUGAGAGUUCAGAUGCUAAUCACAGAGCGCUACCGUGACGUCACCCUGAACGAGAAGUACAAGAGCAUUACACAAGAUCUAUUUGUCUAUGGGAGAUGUUUGAUAGUUCUCUCAUGUUUGGUGCUCGUUACUCGGGACGAGCUACUCUAUCACAAUACGGAAGCUUUGCAAAUUCUUUUUAUGGAGAAUCAUACAGACUACAUUGGAUUAGGUACAAUUGUGCAUCUCAAUCAACUGUUAGACUUUGUCGAGUCGUCACUGGUCAGUGCAUUUGAUUUUGGUUCUGACGAGGGAGGAGCUAACUAUUGGAUACACAGCGAGGGAACUAAAAUGCUGGGCGUGGUUCGGCUGCGUCAAUUGCGUUUGAUCAAUGAGAAAUUUGGCUGGGGUAAGCCCGAGUUCUCAAAUGUCAAGUAUAUGCCCGAUUGGGAAUUACCCUAUCGACGUCUGCACUACACGGAUAAGUAUUGGCGAAUCUAUGAUCCCUGGUUGCCCAUCUCUGAUAGCUUCGACUUCACAGAUGCCAUCCUAAUGAACUUUGAGCAUGUCGGCCAAUUCCAAAACUAUCCAGAACUGAAAGGUUAUGUCACCAUGCUUGCACGGAGCAAGCAGAAUUCCAUGAAGAUUCUAGACUUCCUCUCAGAAUACCAUUGGCUAACAUUUAAUACAUCAGCGGUAUUCCUAGACUUUACGCUUUACAAUGUCGAUGCAAAUAUAUUCAGUGUGUGCACCCUACGUGUGGAACAAACUCCGUUUGGUAGCGCAAUACCCGAUAUUGAUUGCGAUAGUGUUAAGCUCAUUGAGGAACUGGAACAACUACCCUAUAUGGAUAUCAUUGUAUUGAUUAUAUAUAUUGUAGUGGUACUGCAAUUUACACAGUCCUUCAUCUGUACUGUAUGGUAUGAGCCAUCGAAGAUGAAAAGCAUAUGGUACAAGAUGGAUUUGAUUAUAAUUGUGCUUAACAUUCUUGUGAUGAUCCUAAUCGCAGUGCGUGCAACCCUAGUACAAGGGAUGCUCAAGAGAUUAGAGGGUGCCAACAAACUGGAAUACCUGAACUUUCGAGCUCCAUCUCGAUUGCAUAGCCUAACCACCAUACUAAUCGGAUUCCUUAUCUGUUUAAUGACGCUACGAGUGUGGAAGAUUUUGCAGUUCUCCAAAGUUUUUCAGCUCUUCACCCAAACAUUUGCACUCGCCUGGAAGGCUUUGGCUAUCACCAUGAUAAUGAUCCUAAUUAUUCUAAUGGCUUUUGGGAUUGCAUUUGCUACCAUUAAUGGCAAUAAUAGUGCCCAUUUUAUUCGAUUACUCACAAGUAUCAUCACAGCCUUGUGCUUCUCAUUUGGAUUUAGCUCGGAGAUCAAACCUCAGGAGGUAUUCCACGGAGGCGAGUUUUUCGGCAUGUUCAUGUAUGCGUCUUUGGGUUUCGUCGUCUCUGUUUUGUUGAUCAAUUUUUUUAUAAUAACAAUCAGCGAGUUUUUCAGCACCGCACGAGCUGAACGCGAUGCCAAAACCAAAAGGCGAAUUAGUUUUUUCGAGUUCCUUCGCGUGGAGUAUAACGAUUUCAUUAGUUUCUUUCUGAAACUAUCCUGUUUCAGAAAGGGUUACAAACGAAAUAAUCGAACUGUCGCUGAGAAUAUCGAGCGCAUAGUAGAACAUAGGAUAGCACAGGAUAUUGAAAGGAAGGCCGAGCUACGCAAGAAAAGGUCAAUAUUAUCCGCCAGCACACAGAAGCCUCCUCCUCCGAAGGAUGAGGAAACUCUGCAGGCAGAGUACAGAGAACGUAUCGAGCAUAUACUGGCCAUUUCCUCCAUCAUGAAGACUCAAAUAGAAAUACUUAAGCAUCUACUCUUUUCCAAUAAAUCAAUGAAGAAACAAAAAUCAUCUAAAAAUGACGAUGACAACCCGUAUCUCGAUGACGAUCUGAACAUGGAUGAGGAUGAGGAAUCUGAUGAUCAGACAACCGAACAAAAGGACAAUACUAAGAAAGAUGAGAAUGAGGUAUGAAUUAGAAAUGCGAUCAAAAAACAUUAAGACAUCGGAAGUAGUCUAAAUCGCAUAAUCUUAAAGCAAUCUCUUUGCCACUUAGUGUAAUAUAAUAAAAGCUUUUCGAAAGAA